UGGCGAUGGCAACUGGAGCCCAUUUACACAGUUGCGCCCGAGUCACAGAAGGACGAUGGAAGCGCCGCUUACCAAGGGCGCGAGCUGCCAGACGCUCAACCCUCUCGAUGCGUCGGCCAUGGGCGUCAAGACGUACGGCCCCGUUGUCGCUGUCGCCAUGACGCUCAACUACAUGAUCGGCACGGGCUGCUUCGGCCUCCCGUACGCCUUCUCGGUUGCUGGCAUCGGCCUCACGUCCAUCUUCCUCAUCCUCGGCUUCAUCGCCGCGCUCAUCACGAUGAACUACACCAUCGAAGCCAUGGCGCGCGCCGAAGGCGUCAUGUCCACAGCCAAGGACGCCCAGCCCGAGAACCGCCUCACGUACCGCAAGAUUGACUUUUCCGUGAUUGGCGAAAUCUUUGCUGGCCGCACGGGCUAUGCGAUCGUGCAGACAGUCCUCGUCCUCUACUGCCUCGGGUCGCUCUGGUCGUACGCGAGCAUCUUCGCUUCGUCCAUGGCGUCCAUCUUCCACACGUUCGUCGUUGGCGACUUUUGCGACGCGUACGCGGCCAACGCGUCGGGUGGCUGCCUCGAGGCCUACUACGGCUUCAUGGCGGUCUUCUCCGUCAUCUCGAUCACGCUCGUGCUCAUGGACCUCGGCGACCAGGCGACGAUCCAAAAGUUCCUCUCGGUCUACCGCAUCCUCGCCUUUGUGCUCAUGCUCGUGACGAUCACGAUCAAGCUCGGCGUCGACGGCGCGGACGCCAUCACCACGCGCCUUGCCUCGCGUGAGCACUGGGCAUUCAACUUGCACAACUUUAGCGCCGGCUUUGGCCCGACCUUGCUCGCGCUUAACUGCCAGUACAACAUGCCCGACGCGCUCCAGCCGCUCGAGCAGUCGGUCAAGGGCAAGUCGCGCGCCAUCACGUUCAUCGCGAUGACGGUCUCGGCGCUCUGCUACUUUCUCCUCGGUCUGCUUGGCGCGCUUGCUUUCGAUGACGUCAACCCGCUCGCGAGUCUCAUGUGGAGCGACUACACGGGCUGCGGCAACGGCUGGUCCAAGUGCCCGUCCGGCAACCCGACGUGGUUUGGCUGGUGCGUGCACAUUGUGAUCCUCAUGUUCCCGGUUGUCAACGUCACGUCGACCUUCCCCAUGGUCGGCCUCACGGUUGGCGGCAACAUCCUCACGUCGCUCCCCAAGUCGAUCACGGCGCCGCUCGGCCCCUCCGGCGCGCGCAACCUCUCGCGCCUCAUUGCGGCCAUCCCGCCGCUCGUGCUCGCGACGCUCUUCAAGAAGCUCGACGCCAUCUUUACGUUCGCGGGCUUCUUUGGCUUUGCUCUCGGCCUUAUCAUCCCCGCGUGGUUCCAAGUCAUUGGCACCAAGUUCUUCCGCCGUGUCUACGGCAAUCUCGAGGCCGCCGCGACACCCUUCGACCUCCCGAUCGUCAGCUCCCUCGAGUUCUCGACUGUCUUCCUCGGCAUUACGUUCAUCGUCACGUUCAUCGCGCUCUUCUCGCUCGUCGGUUUCUAAGAGUAAUGCAACCAUCCACAGUGUCGGUAGAGCCGCAACCUUCCUCUAGCACCCAUUGACAGAGGGCACGAGACUGGACCUUGCCACGUUCUUGUUGAGUGCAGCA